AUGGCUCAGGGAUCAAUCAGCAAUGUGUAUGUCUCAUCCUCAUCAGGUUCGGCUUCAAAUGGGACAAGAUUUUCUAACAGUGACUACUCAAACGGAGGAGAUGGAAUGUUGGCUACAAGUUCCAAUGGAUCUCAAUACAGCGGCUCCAGAGUAGAGACACCAGUGUCUUAUGUUGGAGAUGAUGACGACGAUGAUGAUGAUGACUUUAAUGAGAAUGAUGAUGAUGACUGAUACUUUUUGCCUGUAGACUUUUUUAUUUUUAAAAUUCAGCAAGCGGCAGGAAUAAAUUCUAGGAAGAGAUUGUCAAAAUUGUCUCAUCAAGGAGAUACUGGUAAGAGUCUGAAUUUAGAAAAUUGCACCUCCAAUAAAGUAAAGAUUGUUUGUUUUUUAUGUAGAUUUUUUUACAUGUGAUGAGGAUGUGUGUGUUAAUACCAGUGUGUUAAUGCAGAACUUU